AUGGAGGAUUUGAAGUUGGAGAAUCUGGCUGUGGCAGAGCUGGUCAGUGCGGCGCUGUUGGGCGCGACUGUGGGUGCUUUGUGCGGACAGUUUGCCAACAGCUUGGGCCGACGACGUGCAUUGUUGACCACUGCGCUAUUGUUUCUGGCGGCACCACUCCUGUCAGCAACAGCUCCUAACUAUGGAUUGUUGCUGUUUGGCAGGACUUUGACCGGAAUACCCAUCGGAGUCUCGUCGGUGCUGACCAACUUGUACAUCACCGAGGUGAGUCCUGCAGUUUGUAGAGGUCGUUUGGGAGGAUGGGCGCCCUUUAUUGGCACAAGUGGCAUUUUGGUGUCUUACUUAGUGUCUGCAGUGUUGCAGACCUUCCCCAAUGCGGCUUGGAGAUUCCAAAUUGGCCUGGGAGCUGUUCCAGCACUUGCGCAACUCUUCCUCAGCGGGAACCUCCCGGAGACGCCGCGCUGGCUGCUCUCACAAUCCCGAAAGGGAGAGGCGAAAGAAAGUCUUCGUCAACUCUUUCGCAAGGCUUUGAUCAGAUACAUUGACAAACUGGGCCGACGGCCCUUGGCUGCCACUGGCAUCGUCGGCAUGCUCGUGGGCUUAAUGCUCAUUGUGGUGGGUUCCCUCCUGCGAGGGGCGGGUGCCUUGCUCAGUGUCACGGCUUGGUUUGCCUUGAGUAGCAUGUUGAUCUACCGCGCUGCAUUUUCCUUAUCUCUUGGGCCGUUGCCCUACGUCAUGACUUCGGAGUUCUUCGCGCAAGAAGCGCGAGCGGCAGGAGUUGGUUUCUGCUGGGCCAUGAAUUGGCUGUCGAACUUCGGGGUCUCUUUGUGCUUCAAAGUCUUGGUGAAGGCUCUUCCUGGCCCUUACGGACAGGCAAUCAUUUUUGGCACCUAG